AUGGAGAAGAGUAAUGUCCGACGAGUGAUUCUGUUUCCACUACCAUUACAAGGUUGCAUUAACCCCAUGAUUCAGCUCGCCAAGAUACUCCACUCGAGAGGUUUCUCCAUCACUGUGAUCCACACGCGCUUCAACGCACCAAAAGCUUCAAGCCACCCUCUCUUCACCUUCUUGCAGAUCCCAGAUGGCUUGUCUGAAGCAGAGACCAGAACUCACGAUGUCACACUUCUCCUUACGCUUCUCAACCGAAGCUGUGAGUCUCCGUUUCGUGACUGUUUGACUAAAUUGUUGCAAAUAGCAGAUUCAGAAACAGAGGAAAAAAAACAGAGGAUUAGCUGUUUGAUCGACGAUUCUGGAUGGAUCUUCACACAACCCUUCGCUCAGAGUUUGAAUCUCCCGAGAUUGGUCCUUAGUACCUAUAAAGUCUCCUUCUUUCGGGACCAUUUUGUUCUUCCCCAGAUCCGGCGUGAAAUGAAUCUUCCAUUACAAGGUUCUAUCAACUAUUUAGAACAAGAUGAUCCAGUAGAGGAGUUUCUGCCGCUUCGAAAGAAAGAUCUUAUACGGAUUCUCGAUGCAGAAACAGAGGUAUUAGACUCGUACUCGGAUAUGAUUUUGGAAACGACGAAAGCGUCUUCAGGUAUUAUAUUCGUGUCGUCCUGUGAAGAGCUGGACCAAGAGUCACUGAAUCAAGCACGUCAAGACUUUAAAGUCCCGAUCUUUGCGAUAGGACCUUCUCAUAGUUACUUCCCUGGCUCGUCUAGUAGCUUGUUCACACCAGACGAGACUUGCAUUCCAUGGUUGGACACGCAAGAAGACAAAUCCGUGAUUUAUGUGAGUUUUGGGAGCGUUGCAACCAUCAGCAAACAAGAAUUUUUGGAGAUUGCUUGGGGUAUAAGAAACAGUGACCAACCCUUCUUGUGGGUCGUACGGGUUGGUUCGGUCCAUGGCACAAAAUGGCUUGAAGCAAUCCCGGAAGAGACCAUCGAUAGGCUUAACAAGAAGGGAAAGAUAGUGAAAUGGGCUGCACAACAAGACGUUUUAAAACAUCGAGCCAUUGGAGGAUUCUUAACACACAAUGGUUGGAACUCGACGGUUGAGAGUGUUUGUGAAGGCGUCCCUAUGAUAUGUUCGCCUUUUGUGUGGGAUCAGUUGUUAAAUGCAAGAUUCGUCAGUGACGUAUGGAUGGUCGGGUUGCAUCUAGAGGGUCGGAUUGAGAGAAAUGAGAUCGAGAGAGCGAUAAAGAGAUUGUUGUUGGAAACUGAAGGAGAAGCAAUCCGAAAGAGGAUGGAGCUUCUUAAGGAGAAAGUAGGAAGAUCAGUUAAACAAAACGGUUCGGCAUAUCGAUCUCUAGGACAUUUGGUUGAUCAUAUCUCAUCUUUCUAG